AUGAUCAUCUCCAAGCUUCGGGGAGUUCUAGUCAGUACAAGUGUUCUACUAAAACGUAGCAUAGCACGCAUUAUAACGAAAGCAACACGCGAGUGAGAAAUAAAGUGAAAAUCGUCAAUACGAUACUUGCUUGAAUAUCAAGGAUUAAAGGUUGUGUAAUUAAACUUUGAAAUCAUGGAUCCUAAAGGGCCUGCUUAUCAACAACCACCACCACCAGGAUUUGCUCCUCCUCCUCCUUAUUCACCCGGACCACCACCUCCUGGAAUGCCUCCAGCACCAGGUGUUGUAUUUGUUCAACAAACAGCAAGUACUUUCGGACCAGAUCCAAUGCGAAUGACAUGUCCUCACUGCCAAGCUAGCAUUUCUACGAGGGUUGAUACUGAACCUAAUACAAAAACUCAUCUUUUUGCUCUUUUACUCUGCAUUCUUGGAUGCUGGCCAUGUGCUCCGUGCCCUUAUUGUAUGGAUACUUGUUUGGCAAAGAAACAUUAUUGUCCAGCUUGUAAACAGUACCUGGGACAGUAUGAACCUUAAUGAUGCCAUCCACAAACUUACACAUUUCAUUAUUGUUUUGCAAUUCAAAUUCUUUUGCAAGCGUAUAUUAUGACGUCUCACGGAGAAAGUUGUUGCAUAUAUUAUUAUUUUAUGAAUAUAAAUUUUCCAUCAUUAUAAACUAUACUGUAAUUUAUAUACCAAAAUAUUUUAUAAAACACCAUUUUUACUGCACUGCAAGCAAUUCUAAUUGAAUAAUAUGAAAGUAAUCACGAAAAAAUAAUGGCAAUAGCUUUAAUGUUUAUGAAAUACAAGCAGAUCGAAAAAAGUCUGUAAAUGACUA